AACGCGCGGGAAAUGGUACGGCGAGGACAGCGACAGCGGAGGGUCGACGGACUCGCUUAUCGACGAGGCUUGCCAUGUCACGUCGACGCCUCUCGACCUCUCGGGCAGUAUGUUGCUGUGCUCGCCCGCAGAAACGGACUCCUUCGCUCGCGCAGGAGACGGCGGUCCAGCAGGAGGCGCAGGAGCCGCUCGCACCAGGGGGCCUUCAGCGCCUGGAGGGAGAGGGACGAGGACGCGCUCGACGGCGGAGGCGGCCGCCCGUACCUGCCUUACCGUUUCGACCAGAUCUCUCCGGGUCAGCAGGUCAAGGUCCUCGCUCCUGGAGGGGGCGUGGCCGUCGCCCGAGUGCUGACCAAUCAGAAGCCGCCGUUCUCCAGUAUGACCAAGAGGGACUUCAGGUCAUCCUCGGGGCUUUCGUCAGCGCACUCCUCCGCCGUCACCGUCGUGCUGCUCAGUGAACCCAACAGGUUGCAAGGCAGCAUCGUCACCGUCCCCCUGGAGAAGGUCCUGCUCGCUUGGCCCUCCAACUAGCGCUCACCAUCCCUACCUACCCCCUGCCCCUUGCCCCGUGCCCCUGCCCCCCCUGCCGGCGCCUCGAGCAGCUCCUCGGCACUGUCGAAUCGCCAUCAAGUCACCAUCGGAUUUCGCUCGAGAAUCAGCGCGGAUAUGGCACGGUUUUCCUGCAUCCAGCGAGUGUUUUGGGGAUCCAUUCUAGUCAACAGUCCCUUUCUUCGGAGAGGGAGGAGUGGAGGAGUGGAAGAAGGGGAGAAAAAUGGAAGAAAAUGAUUGAGGGACAAAGGAGUGGAUUGUCUUUGGUGUUUAAUGCCCAGAGAUGUUUGUUUUACUUCAAAUGUUUUACUACUCAGAUCUUGGUCGCUUCUGUCUGUCCGUCUGUCGUCUGUCUGUCUGUCUCUCUCUCCUAUCUCUCUCUCUCUCUCUCUCUCUCUCUCUCU